AUCACAUUCAACAAGUGGCCAAUCAGGCUGACGCAAUGAGGCUGCUCAGUAACUUACUAGGAAACCAGGGGCGGUGGGCGCGCGCUUGGAAGGCUGCAGGCGCCAUGGGCAGAGUGAGGAACGGCGCCAGCACCCAGUCGCGGGGGCGAAAGCGUCCCGGGGAUCCCGCCACCGCCUGUGCAGCCAUCCCGGCCAUGGGCGCCCGGCGCCCCCCUUUCCAAGUCCGCGUGGGGAGCCACGCGGCGGGAAGGAAGUCGGCGGCGGCCAGGCGGGAUCCCGCAAGGUUGCGGCGGAAGCGCUGGUGGCGGCGGACCCGGGAGGCAGGCUCCAAAGGCCCGCUGCGAUCCCCGAAGCCCCCGGCGCCCGCCGUGUCCUCUGGCGAGAUGGACCUGGGCGCGCAGCGGGAGCGCUGGGAGACGUUCAGGAAGCGGCGGGGCCUCAGCUGCGAGGGCGCCGCCAAGUUCCUGCUGGACACCUUCGAGUACCCAGGCCUGGUGUAUCACACCGGAGGCUGCCACUGCGGCGCGGUCCGCUUCGCCGUCUGGGCCCCCGCAGACCUGCGCGUGGUGGAUUGCAGCUGCAGGCUGUGCAGGAAGAAGCAGCACCGACACUUUCUCGUCCCGGCCUCGCGCUUCACUCUCCUGCUGGGCGCCGAGAGCAUAGUCACCUAUCGAUCCCACGCGCACCCGGCGCUGCACAGCUUCUGCAGCAGGUGCGGGGUGCAGAGUUUCCACGCCUCUGUCUCUGACCCCGGCGUGUAUGGCGUCGCCCCGCACUGCCUGGACGCCGGCACCGUGCGCAGUGUGGUCAUCGAGGAGGUCGACGGUGGCGACUGGGGGGAGGAGGCCGUGAAGGAGCCCAAGGCCAUCCAGAGCGCGUCCCCCGAGUGAGCCCCUGCCUCUCCUCCCGAAGAGGAGCAGUGACUGGGGCCGCAACACGCCCGAAACAUUCCCCUCCCCCCGCUUCCCCCGAGGGAGCCACCUCAGUGCUUGUGAAGGGAUUGCUGUAUGAAAGAGGUCGGUUUCUGGACUGAUGAACCCGUGAUGUCUCUCCAGGCUUCCACCCCUUCCCUUUCAGUGUUUUGCAACGAACUUGGACUUGCUUAUGAUCAAAAAGCUGAGCACACAUUUGUCUGUCAACAGCCAUAAUCUUCCAAUCCAAUAAGCAAGUAGUGUCUCUACUUUUUCAAGUCGCCUUGUGUAACCCUGCCUUUUAUUCUUUAUUCUUCGUGUAGUUCUCGUAGAUCAUUUUCAGAUCAUUCAUAUGUACUGUACCGUUACGGUGCUAUUGUGAACGAGAUUGUUUUUAAUGGUCGCAUCUGGUAUGCAGGACCACUCCCUAUAUCCAAACACUUUGGUGAACAUUUCUUAGGAAGUUUCCUGUUGAUUAUCUGCGUGCGUGUGUGUAAUUUAGGUCAGCACUCGCGUUUUCGCUACUUAGAGAUAGGUCAGCACUCGCGUUUUCGCUACUUAGAGAUAGGCGUUGAUUUCAGCCAUGUUGUUUAUUUAAUGUGUUUUUAUAUAAUAUGUUUAAGGCUCAUUAGUGUGACAUACCCCAUUGUGCUUAUGUUUUCACAUGAUGCUGCCACUUUCCUUGGUUUUGUUUUAGAAACUGCCUGUGCGUAGGGUGAUGGGGAGGCAGAAGGAUGAGAAAGAUGUCUGCGCUGUAUAUAUGUCCUACUUGAUGUUUUGAAAUUCCUAUCUUGAA